AUUUUCAGGCAUGUAUUUAGACAGUCAGUAGUUCAGCAAAGCACGUGGACAGAAGUCUUAGCUGUGCUGUGGCGCGUGUGUUUGGGGGGGGGAGUGCCUGGGAAGCAGCAGUUGUCUGGGCUUUACAUCCUGUUGUGAAAGUGCAACGGCGCGUGUGGUGUUGUGUGUGCGUGUUGUGUGUCUGCGAGGUGUGCUUGCCGUCAGAGUGAGUUCAGGUAUGAAGAGGGGCAAGAAGGCAGAAGAGGCAGCUGCGGAAGGAGAAAAUGACACAGCCUCUGCUCCUUCAAAGAAAGCAAAGGCAGCCAAGGAACCAGAGGGUCCGAUACUGUAUGAUGACCCUCCUGACAAAACGACCAGCAAAGAUGGACGCAACGCAAACAUGAAGAUCACGUCAUGGAAUGUGGAUGGGCUGAGGGCCUGGGUUAAAAAGAAGGGCCUGGAUUGGGUGCGAGAGGAGGAUCCAGACAUUUUAUGCCUACAGGAGACAAAGUGUGCAGAGAAAGCCCUCCCUGCUGAAAUCACCUCAAUGCCCGAGUACCCUCACAAGUACUGGGCUGCAUCAGGUGACAAGGAGGGUUACAGUGGGGUGGCUAUGCUCUGCAAGACUGAACCCAUCAAAGUGACCUAUGGAAUUGGCAAAGAAGAGCACGAUAAGGAGGGCCGUGUCAUCACUGCCGAGUUUCCCAGCUUCUACCUGGUGACGGCCUAUGUGCCAAACGCUAGCAGAGGCCUCGUUCGCCUCGAUUACCGCAAAACCUGGGACGUGGACUUCCGUGCAUACCUGAGUGAGCUGGACAUGCAGAAGCCCCUGGUGCUGUGCGGAGAUCUCAACGUUGCUCACCAGGAGAUCGAUCUGAAGAAUCCCAAGGGGAACAAGAAAAAUGCUGGCUUCACCCCCGAGGAGCGCGAAGGCUUCAGCCAGCUCCUGGCGGCAGGUUUUGUCGAUAGCUUCCGCGAGCUGUACCCCGAGCAGACCAACGCCUACACCUUCUGGACCUACAUGAUGAACGCCCGCUCAAAGAACGUGGGUUGGAGGCUCGACUACUUUGUGCUGUCGUCCUCUCUGCUGCCGGGCUUGUGCGACAGCAAGAUCCGCAACAAGGCGAUGGGGAGCGACCACUGCCCUAUCACUCUGCACAUAGCUGUGUAAGCUCACUCUGAGGUCAAAAGGCUUUGCACAACCUUCAGUCUGCUUAUACGUCUGUUUCAACCUGUAUACUCUGGUCACUCUGAGGCAUCUUCUCUAUGUACUGCUAAAACUCACUCAUAGUAAAAUCAGUGUUUCAGCUUAGCAGUUAAGGACAUACUUUCUUGUACUUUUUCCCCCCCCUCUCUACAUAAAAUGCCCUUCCUUCCUGUAACUGAAUUCUGUCCCUAAAUGAGAUCCAAAUUUCUUUUGACAAUUUUAUAACAGAUGCAACACUAAAUAUUCAAAAUGUGUAAGCUAAUUUUCAGGAACUGCCAGAUAUUUGUUACUGUUUAAAAUGAAUCAACUGCUGUUAAAAGAAAAUAAUGUGUCUUGUUGUAAACUUUUUUCCCAAACCAUUGUUAAAGUUUCUGUUGCCACACUUACCAAUAAAAGACUGAAUUUCUAUA